AUAGGUGUGUGAAUACAGUGUGAAAGGUGUGUGUGUGAUAGGAAAUUCGAAGAAAUUUUACUAGACCUAUCUUUAACUAUUUGACGCUGAAUUGUGGCAAAGUUCACUGCUCGGCUUACGUACCUAUUUAUUCAGUAUAUCCUGGUGGUUAAAGAAAAAAAAUUGUGUAUGUGUUUGACGUUCCACCCAAGGUAUAUAGAAUCUCCCUUGCAGAACUUGCAAUUUUGAUUAUGGGUUCAAACUUGAACAUAUUUUACAAUACCUUUGUUCGAUUAGCUAUCGCAUUUGACAUAUAUUUGUUUUAUGAAAUAUCUCAAGGAAAACACACACACACACACACACACAAGCUUGGUUCUGAUAAAUAAAAGUCGGAAUUAGUUCCUCUGUCACUCAAGUAAGCCUUCAGAAUUGAUCCCCAGAAUAAAUCUUGGAUAAGAUGAUAAAAAUGAAGGCUAAUCGCUGGUAGUGGGUACUUGUUUUCGUCAGGCUGACUUUGACAUUCAGUGAUAACUCCAGAAACUGGCCGUCAGUAUGUAUGGAGUUGCAUGUGCCGAAACACUGACUUCUCCUUCGUAGAUAACGGAAAAUUCAACACAGUUCCUAAGGACAGUGCUGGAUGCGUAUACAAAAUACUCCCUCACCUGCAGUCUUGACUUAGGGACGGUCGGUUAGAUACGAGGAACCAGUGUCCUGGUCCAGAAAUACGAGAACGAUAACGAACAAGUGAGAUGUCUGAGGCACAAGAAAACUCUCCUGAAUUCUCAGGGUGGGAAUACAAGAGAGGGACCCUUCACUGCAACGGUCUCUCACUGGAGGAACUUCGUCUACGCCUGCGCCAGAAAUAUGGCCACUUGGGAUCGCCAGCUUUCGUCUACUCCUCCGGGAUCCUUCGAGAAAAUGUCAAGAAAUACAAAGACGCAUUACAGCCUUUGGGAGGUCGUGGUAAGCUUUCGUAUUCUCUGAAAGCCAACAGCAAUCCUCACGUUGUAAAAGAGCUGCGAGAUGCUGGCGUUACGGCUGCAACUACCGUUAGCGGGAAUGAGAUACUCAUGGCGCUCAAGUGUGGAUUCUUGCCUGGAGAAAUCAUUUUCAACGGCAACGGAAAACAAAGUUGGGAAGUGGAGAUGGCAGUAAACAGAGGUGUUCUUCUUAAUAUCGACUCCGUUUUCGAUGCUCAUCGGCUCGUCAACAUAUCAAAGCGACUCGGCAGCAGAGCAAAAGCUCUGCUUCGACUGAACCCAGUGAUCAACGUUCAAACGCAUCCUUACUUGGUAACGGCGCUGGCCGAUUCCAAGUUCGGAAUAGAGAUGGAACAGGUUGAGGAGGUGAUCAAGAUUUUAUCGUCAGCCAAAAUGCACUGUAACAAAGUCACGACGAGUAACCUGAUUGAGCUCAGAGGGGUCCACAUUCACAUUGGAUCAGCCAUAUCUGAUGUGGAUGCAUACGUCGAAGUGGCGAAAGCUGCUUCGAAGACACUGAGACAUAUACAAAACAGUGGAUGGCCUGGAGCCUCUACGAUUAAUUUAGGAGGAGGACUCUGUAUAGCUCAGGACAUACCGGAUGUAAGCAAAGACAUGUGCAAUGGACGGGGACUGGAAUCAGACCUCAGUGAGAAUCCGAAGAAAUCAAGUGAUAGUUCGACAGCGACCGUUAAUCCACCCACCCCCAAAGAAUUAGUGGGUGCAGUUCUCCCUUAUUUGCCUGAACAAGCCGUUCUCAUUCUAGAACCUGGGCGUUCCUUGGUUGCUACGGCAGGGGUGGUCAUGACAGAAAUGAUCGGAGUGAAACGGAAUGGCGAUAAGGAAUUCAUCGUUGUUGACGCUGCCAUGACUGAAAUCAUCCGACCGGCUCUCUACGGAGCGGUACAUCAGGUGUCGUAUGUUACGGGUCCCCUUAUGCAGGAACCUGCUGAAUUUGACAUAGUAGGACCCGUGUGCGAAAGCGGAGACUUCAUUCUGCAACGAUGUCAGCUGCCGCGGCCACCCACUUCUUCUUCUUCUUCAGACCUGACCGAGAGGCCGGGCUCAUCCUUCGUCAUCUGGACGACUGGAGCUUACUGUUCCUCCAUGUCUUCGAAUUAUAACCUUCGGCCCCACGUAGUUGAAGUCAUGGUAACCAGUUCGAAGGACUUUAAAGUAAUAAGAAGUCCUCAGUCCUUUGAUGACCUCGUUAUGAAAUACAAACCUCAGUAUUUCAGUGUGUCGUCUUCUUCUUUAAAAUAACCGAUGUUAUUCCUCAAUGCGAAGGAUAAAACUCGAGAAGUACAGUUUGUAUAGAGUAGAAACAUGCAUUAAUUGUAUUAAAACACGCUGUGUCGUACUAAAGGUUCAUCUUGAUUUAGUAAUUAGAGAAUAAAUAUAACAUUGA